AUGGAUUCACAAUCAUCAGUGACUGUGAACGGGGUGACUAAGAAUCCUUAUGACGAGAAGCCCGAGAAGUUCAAGGGAAUUGACUUCAAGAGAUGGCAACAGAAGAUGUUGUUCUAUCUCACAACCAUGAAUCUGGCACAUGUUGUCAGAAAGGAGGCUCCCAAAUCAGGAGAAAAUCCAAUGUCUAAGGAAACAACGAUGACCAUUGAGGCUUGGAAACAAUCUGAUUUCCUGUGCAGAAACUACAUCCUUAACAGGCUUGAUGAUACUCUGUAUGACAUUUAUUCAUCAUACAAUUCUAAAGGAAGUUUGGGAAUUAUUUGA